AUGGAGCGGUUCGCCGCGCUCGCGACGGCGCCGAGCGCGGUGCCGCGCGCCGCCGUCGAAGCGGUCGUCGACGCGGGCGCGCGCGCGGCGCUCGUCGACGUGCGCUCGCCGGGAGAGCACGCGCGAGGACGCGCGCCGCGCGCGAUAAACGCGCCGCUGUUCGAUGACGACGAACGCGCGGCGGUGGGGACGGCGUACAAGACGAGAGGACGAGGCGAGGCGCUGGUGCUGGGGAUGGCGGCGGCGGCGCCGCGGUUGGAGGCGAUCGUGGAGCGCGCGAAGCGAGCGGUGGAGACGGUGGCGACGACGCGAGGGAACGGUGACGGCGAAGACGAUGGUGAGAUUGAUGUGUACGUGAUGUGCUUUCGAGGAGGGAUGCGGAGCUCGUGCGUGGGGUGGUUGUUGAAGGAACGGUUGCGCGGCGCGAGAGUCCACGUGGUCGAGGGCGGAUACAAGGCGUUUCGGAGGUGGGCGCUCGAGCGGUGCGGACCGACGCGCGGAUUGCCCGCGCCGAGGGUGUGCGUCGUCGGUGGACGCACGGGGGUGGGGAAGACGCGCGCGCUGUUGGCGCUGCGCGCGAAAGGGGAACAGAUUAUCGAUUUAGAGGGGUUGGCGAACCACGCCGGGAGCGCGUUCGGGUGGGUCGGGCGAGAGCCGCAGCCGACUUCGGAGCACUACUCUAAUUUAGUCGCCUGCGAGUGGCACGCGUUGGAUGCGAGCAGAUGGGUGUUCAUCGAGGAUGAGGGACCGCACGUCGGGCGGUGCUCGGUGGAUCCGUUGUUGUUUGAGCGCAUGCGAAACGCUCCUCUGGUGCUUCGCAUGGUCGCCCCGCGCGAGCUCGUCAAGCGGCUCGGUGGCGACCGCGUGCGCGACAUUCGAGAAAAGCUCGAAGCCGGCGAUUUCACCGCCGUCGCCGAAGGUUUGCUCGAGUAUUACGACGACGUUCGCUUUCAUGUCGAUCUCGUGCACGCUGUUCGGUUGAUCGGUGUUCCAAAUCUUCACCAAGUAAUCAUCCGAGCCACUCACUAA